CGAGUACGCAGGAAUUUCACUGCCAGAUCUGCUUUUUAUCCGCUUCACUUAACCCGGCUAAUUGUUUACAUAUAGUUACGCUAUUGUGCUUUUAUUGGCGCUUUUUAACCCUUCCCUUCGUUUUUAGUAUGGUUUGGUGAUAUGUCUUCUCGAUUUCCUCCCUCCUCUGGGUUCAACCCCCGCGACCGUUCCCCUCAACGUUUUAAUGACCGUCGGCCUCCGUUAGGUCCCCGCGGUCCUGACGAUAGUAAUCCCCUUUCUCUCAGCAGGGAACCUCCCCGUGGCCCUAAGGCGUUGAUCGAUCCACCCAGGGGAGGCCAUUUCGGCGGUCGUGGGCGAGGCUAUCCAGGGCGUGGGGACUUUCGUGAUCGGGAUCGUGAUCGAGACCGUGACAGGGACAGAGAUAGAGAUUUUCGUGAUAACCGCGAUGGCCCGCCUCCAUUUCGUCGUGAUGCCGAUCGUGAAUGGGGCCGACGUGACAGAGCUUUCGACCAGAGAGGCCCACGCGCCGGUUUUGGUAGAGGCCGUUCUCGAUCACCUGCUCGGGAUUUCCGUGAUGCUAGAGAGCCUGGAGGACGAGACCUCGACCUGAUUCGGAUGCGGCGAAAUUCUCGUGAUAGUCUAGUUUCCUCAUCCUCCAUUGGUCCCGAUACAUCUUCUGGUGUUGGAAUACACACCCGGCCCACCCGCGGUCGCGGACGCGGUGACUGGGAAGGCGGCCGUGGCAGAGGACGGGCUCUAUAUUCAGAUGAUCGUGAUACGUUUCGACGAAGAAGUCGUUCCAGGGAUGGCUGGUGGGACCGAGGCCGAGACCGGGACCGCGAGAGAGAUCGCGAUCGAGAUCGAGACCGUAUCAUCGGUAGAGACCGAGACCGUGACCGUGAUAGGGAUAGGGAUAGGGACCGUGAUCGUGACAGGGAACGUGACUUGGAUCGACGCGAUCGGUUCGAGCGCCGCGAUGAGUUGGACCGUUGGCCGGAGCGUGAUGAUCGAGAUCGGCCGUUGGACCAACGAAGGAAAGACAAUCCUCCUUCUCGGUCUGACCCUCGCACUUCUGGAGUCGCUACAAUGGGCAGCUCCCUUCCCGUAUCAACCACUGCGUCGUCGACUCCAGCUGCCGCCAACAAAGUCUCGGAUAAGCCAAGUAUGGACGUACCGCGAAAAGAGGCUAUACCCUCUGGAAUUCCUUUUGCAGAUGCUCGUCGCGACUCGAUAAGGCCUGAUCACAUCAAGGACCCUUUACCUCCCGUUAAGAGGUCACCCCCGCCCGCCGCUCCUCAGGUACCAGCCUUUGGCUCUUUUAGCGCUCCCAUCCACAAUCCACCAGCGGAAAGGCCAUCACAGGGUGUGACGCCCGCCGAUGUGCCCCUUUUCAAAACAGAAAGAGAACAGGACCAGCCUCCGUCUCGAGUGUUUCCCCGUGCAUCUACAACGCCUAAAGCUGACCGUGCAGAAUUGCCGGCGCCUCAUCGAGCACUAGCUUCGGAGGCCCAAGAACAGCGCACCGAGCUCUUAGAAGUUGGAAGCAAGCCGGAGAUUUCUCCACCUGUCCCCAAGUUUCCUGUUGGGCCUGACGCUAGCGCAGUCAGUCAAGCGCCCGAUCUUUCGCCUCCGACAGCUCCUGCGGCGAUGGUGGGGAGAGACACGAUAAUGUCACAGGCAGAGAUACAACUAUCCAAUAAACAGAUUGCGGCGCCAGCUUCGCCUGAGUUCAAGAGAUCGUUGCCACCGGUGGGGAGAGCGGCUUCUACCUCCCCUCGCCAGUCGUUUACUGCUAUUCCUACCGGUCCACGUGCUCUUCAGCAGCGUCCUCAACGCGGGUCACCUAAGGUCAGCAAACAAUGGAUUCGUCCUGGGUACAAUCGUGCCCCAUCUGUGCCUAGUUUUGCCUCAUCAUCUAAGCGCGACUCUAUUGAAGCGAAGGAGCGUAGCAUGUCAUUAAGUGAGGAGUCGAGACGGGAACCACCAUCCCCAGAGACCCACCGGAUACAAGAGCCAAGAAGCCAAUUGAAUAAUACAAAGGAGACGGAAAAAUCGACUGUGCUUGUUGAUGAGAGCGUCGGUUCCCUUCAGGCGACGUUAAAAGAACUGAACGAAAAAAUCACGGAUGGUGCAGUCUCGGGCAGUGGAAGUUCUGGGCCCGCUGAACAAGAUGAGAAUACGCUCAUACCGGACUUCAUACAUUCGGGGGACGAGGAGGAGGAUGAACAUGUUGUCUUCACUCAGGAGUACCUCGAUGAGAGGAAGCGAAUCUUUGAGAAGGACUUACAAGCCCUGAAAGCGGAAAUGCCUCCCCCGCCUCUUGAAGAUCCUACCAUAGUGGCAUUACUUAUGAGAAUCCAGCUGCUGGGGAUGAUUGCAAAUGAUCGUCAUAUCCCAGACGGAACGGCUGCGCCAGCCACUGCAAUUGAAGCUACUCCCGCUCUAAACGUGGAUAUCUCAACCCCGCUUUCUCCCAAGGCUGAUAGAGGUUUCGAAGAGGCACAGAGUCAAGAGAAACUGAAAUUGUCGCCACCCCACAUUACUGGAACCGCCUGUAUCGAAAACCUUCCAUUUCUGAACACGGGGCCGCUAACACCGCUGUCUGAACUGGAUGUGUAUAGGGAAAAUGCUCGAAAACAUGAACAUCUCAAGGAGAUGUUCCGCGCGGAGCUAGGUAAGCGACAAAAGGGGAUUUCUAAGAAAAAUGAGACGCUACGGGAGGAAUUUCUGUCGUACUACAAGCCCUGGCGGCUGGAUAUCUGGGUGCUCGAUCACGAGAAGGAGAAGUCAUCUAGUACUCCAGGUCCAACUACACCGCCGGGAUUCAAUUCGACACCGACACCUACUCCUGGCGCUGAAGGACGGCGCUACAAGGGAAAUAGCGAGCUUGAUUUUCAGCUCGCCCUCAAGGCAUCUGAAAUUUCGGCUCAAGAGGAACUCGAACGGCGACGAGAGAACAUGGCAACUGCCUACCCGGACCUUGCACGGGAGGCAGUCAUUCCGGAUAUGUUGGAGCUGAGUGAAAAGGAAGCGACCGUCUUUAAAAACACGAACAACACUGUCGACCCGGACCGGGCGAUGGAGGUAUUUGGUUUUCUUCCUCCGCCUGAUGACUUCACACCGGAGGAACAUGCCAAGUUCACCGAUGCCUUUAUGGCACACCCGAAGAAGUGGUGGAAAAUCGCCGAAGCAUUGCCUGGUCGUGAUUUCCACCAGUGCAUUAUGCACUACUAUAUGACAAAGGAAGAGAUAAAAUAUAAGGCGAAGUUGAACAAACGUUGGUCUCGCAGGGGCCGUGCCAGAAGAUCUGCUCGCCCGAAGUCAGAUGCUCUUAUGGUUGAUCUCGGGAUUAUCAAGAAAAAUUACGAUGGCGAUGAAGAACCAUUGGCUGUAACUGAGACUGGCCGUCCGCGGCGAGCAGCAGCCCCUACAUUUGGAGGAGAGCUGUCGGCCGAUACUGAGCACACCUCGAGUGGUCGUCGUGGGAAUGGAGCAAAGGACCCAGACCACUCAGAGAAACCUGCUGCUCGACGAAGCACACGGAACGGCGCUGGCUCCCGGGGUGGGCGGCGUGGAAAGGCAGCACAACAACAGCCGCAGACGCCGCAAGACCAGAAGACUGCAAAAACUUCGGCUGCGAAUGCAGCUACCGCCGAUGUUGUUGCUAAGGCUGAAGUUGAAACUACAGGCGUGACACUGGCCAAAGCCAAAGAACAUUCCGAAAAAGAGUUCCAUGACACGCCGCAUCCACGAGCUAGGUCAGGCCGAGUGCGAGGAAAAGAAACUGCCCUUGUCUCCGAAUCAACGGAGACGGAGACCGGAAACACUCCCAGGCAGCAGGUCGAGUCGGGUUAUGGAUCGCUUCAGCCGACGAGUUAUUGGUCUGUACCUGAACAGCGUGACUUCCCACUUUUGUUGGCGCACUUCGGUAGGGACUUUGAGGGAAUAUCGAACUUUAUGAAGACAAAGACUACGGUCAUGGUCAAGAAUUACUUUCAGAGACGUAUUGAUUCCGGCCAGACGGACUUUGCUGAUAUUGUGACCAUCGCGGAAGCCAAGAAGGAACGUGGUGAACCCACGGGCCCUCUGCCUGAUCUUACCGCGGCUCCCAAGCGGCGAUACGAAGCUACGCCGUCGACGGUCGUUCCUCGGCCUCUUGCACCCCACACUGAAGUUGGCGCUCAGUCUGAGAGUCGCCUUCAAGGGAAGGGGAAAGCCGCCGGUCUACCAUCGCAGACUGUGUCCGUCCAUUCGAGAACAGCUUCUUCUGAGAAGGACCGCAGUAUUACUAAGUAUCCGCCUCUUGCUCAAGCGACUAGUGCUCCUCUGGCGACAGCCACUAUUGCAACAACCGCCCUACAUGAUGAGCCUUCUCGCGUGGCCCGAUCCAAUGUGGUGUUGCAGCAGCGGUUCCAGGGUCCUCGCCUAGGAUAUUUCACCGAAGACAGGAGGGAUUCUACCCUGCUGGCCCAUACAAAUGUUGCCCGAGCACAGGAAGGGCAGGUCCCUCCCCGGCAGACACCCGUGUCAGUUCCUGAAGUCGCCCGGGUAGAGCCCCUUGUGCAAAGUUACCGUUCAUUCAGCACUCUUCCUGAUGUUCAUGGAUCACCGUUACUUUCAGCGCAAGGCGCCGCGGCAGCACCACAGCAGGCAUACGUGCAGCAGCCUCCUACGCUCGCAUUAUCUUCCCACUCUCGUCAUCCUAGCCUGACAGGGAUUCCGAGCUCGCCAGUUCGAUCAACGCAGAAGCUUGAGCCCGAAAUCUCUCCUGUCCGACGCGAUUCUUUCCCUUUCCGACAGUAUCCCUCAUUAACUGGACAGCCGGGUGGUAUCCCGCCGCCGCAACCGGUUGUCCUGUCGGCCAUGGAGACGUCUCAGCCUCCUACGCCAGCCCAGGCGCCGGAGCCACCACGCCAAGUGCCUGCUAAGCGGUCCAACAUUAUUAACAUUUUGAAUGACGAGCCAGAAGAACCUCAGCCACGCAAGCGGUUUGCCGGCGAACAAGCUGCAUCGACACCAGGGCCAUCGGCUGCACUGUCUAGAUCAGUCUAUACAGGACCGGCACCGCCUCACCAAGAGCACCUGUCGCGGCAAGAAGAGGCCUUUGCGUCCGCAUCCCAACAGCGUGUCUUUAGCUAUUCACAGCCUAGUCAAUAUCUAACGCAACCUACUGCGUCUCGGUCUUAUUCGGAAUACGGGGGAUACCAGUCUAUGCAGAAUAGCGCCAGCAGCAGGGCGAGUAAUGAUUGGAUGGCGCGAUUUGAUCCCAGAGGCCAACAACAGCAGCAGCUUCCAGGUUUCUCUGGUAACCGGGCGGCUCCAGCGCUCACGCCGCAACCCGUCUUUUCUCCGUACAAUGCGAGCCAAUCUCAACAAGCAGGCUCCCUGACGGCUCCAUCACCCGCGCCUACUCCGCCACCAGCAUCAGCCCAACGUCCUACCUACCACAGUGUCCUUUCUCAGGGGUCAUCUUCACUUGCGCCGGCAUCUCCGCGUAUUCCAAGUUUGAUUGCCAGCUCACGCGAGGUGCCUCACCCAGGUCAGACUUACCGGCCAAACGUUGGUUCCCCUCCUCCACGCAGCAGAAGCAGUAGUGUUGCUUAUGUCUCCCGCCAGGGGCCGCCAACUCCGAUUCAGUCUCCUGUUCAUAUGCUGAAUAUCACGUCGCGCCAGCCAUCGGGACAGGUGGUAUACGCUUCCUCGGCUCCGACACCACAGAUUCCGUCUAAUACUCACGCAACUUACCAGCCGCACGUUCAACAACAGCCAACGCCACAUCACCGGACAGCUUUGAGUCUGGCUGGGCCGGGGGCCGGGCAAUAUGCCGUUAACACCCCGCCGUCUCAAGCUCAAGUUGCUCGUGCAUCGAGCUUAUCAGGAACUCAACCGGCAGCCUCAGCACGUUCGUAUACCCCCCCAGCGGUCCUCCAUCCCAACCCCACACAGACGUCGUCCCUAAGUAGUUUGGCAUAUGCUGCAAAUGCUCUAUCUCCAUCAGUCCAUUCUCUCCAGCAGCGUCAUUCAGGUUUUGGGACUCUUACGGAGUCCGCGCGUGGCGUAGGACUUGCCGUUCAGUCGGACCACCAUCGAACUUAUAGUCAAGGGUCGAAUCCACUUCCCGGGCCAUUGGCUCCUCAUCCUCCGAGAUAG